AUCACCGCACCGACGGACCCAAUCUGAAAUUGGAAAAGCUCAGUACCUUGUGGCAUCUUUGGCGAAGAAACUAGUUGCUGAAAUUGAGGAAGCAUGUCCAGCACUAGUCAGAGCCAGAGCGAGAGGCGCUUGAGUGUCGUAUAUUACUGGGCGUCACAGUGGGACCCCGUUUCAGGUAUUACACUACCUAACUUCGACAGAAGCAGGGCUCUGUUGAAAUACAUGUUCUUCAAGGUAACUCGUCCCUUCCGUCGUUGGAUUGACCCACGAAGGGCUCACAUGAUUCCCAUCCACCUAAAGCUCAUCAAGCAGUCCCAAACCCGUUCCUCCAUUCGUUCUCCGGUCGACAUUGCUGAACCAAAGCUCUUCGGUGAACGACGGUUUAUGGUCCCUAUCUCAGAAGCCAUAGCUGAAUGGGAUUUGUACAAGGAGGUCAUUGCAGGGUAUCUGUCCACCAUGAUUGCUGUUUCAGCAGAUACCGAAAAAUUUAUCAUGCAAAUGAUAUACGAGGCAAUUGAAAAGGCCGAGCCCGGUUGGCCUAUAGACGUGGUCGUCAUGUCCGUGACUGUUGACAUUUUGGGCGUCGUUGUUCCAACAACUGAAUUGUUCCACCGCCUGGACAAUGUGAGACUUGAUAGUUUGGAAUCUAGUACUAGACAGAAGCCGUGUCGUAUUUGCCGCAAGAGCCUUGAUCAUUUUCACGAGCUCGGAGAAGGGAUUACUCGCUUGCCCUGCUCCCACAUUUUUCAUGUAGGUUGCUUUGUCCAGAGUUUGGAGCUGAGUCCUGUGCAAACCUGCCCCACCUGCGAUCACCAACUCCAUAUUACGGGUGCACCAAGAGCCUCCUGGCCGUGGGAUUGGCCUUUGUUUCUCAUGGUCUCGGCAGGCUCUAUGUUAACUGGUGCGCUUGUUGGCAGACUGUUAAGAAAAAAAUAA